AACUUGUGAUAUUUAUUAUUCGUAAUUCUUUCUGUAGGGAGCUAGGGGCUUAAUGGUGGGCUCCUCAGGUGGACAUGAUCUUUUUGAAUUUGACCGAGGUUCUGAUGAAGAAACAUUUGAGAACUUUGGUGAUCAUGAAGCCAGAGAGGAUGAGCUGUUACACAGUUGUGAUUCACAUGGUUCUCUAAAUGAAAGGUUAAUUUUUGUGGAGCCAUCGUCUAAUGGCUUAAAUGGGGAUAAUUUGGAACCAUUUACUGGGAUGAAUUUUCUAUCUUUAGAUGAUGCAAGGGAUUUCUAUUAUGAAUAUGCCAAGCGUACAGGUUUCACCAUACGGACAAAUCGAAUUCGACACUCACUAAAGAACAUGGCUAUAAUAGGUCGGGACUUUGUUUGUUCAAGAGAAGGUUUUCGUGCUGCAAAACAUGCGCUUAGAAAAGACAGGGUUCUUCCACCAAGGCCAAUUACAAGAGAAGGGUGUAAAGCAAUGAUAAGGCUGGCAGCAAGAGAUGGAGGUAAAUGGGUAGUUACAAAAUUUGUCCGAGAGCACAACCACAAGUUAAUGACUAACUGUAAAUUUCCUGGCGAACUACCAAUCGUAAAUAUACUCAGUGAGGUAAUUUUAUUGAUUUGUUGCGUGCUCAAAGUAUGGAGUGGAAGUCCUUGGCAAGGGUUUUGUAAUUAUAAGGGAGUGGCAAAGAACGUAAAGUGCAACCUAUGAAGCACGGAUACCUCUCCAGAGAUGACGUAUAGGUGUUGGACAUGGAUACGUGGCACAAACACGUUCCUGACAUGUGUUGGACAUGCUAGAGAGAGAGUUGGACACAUUGGGACACGUUGCAGACACAUUGGGACAUGCUGGAGACACACUGGGGACAAGCUAAGGAGUAAAAUAGAGUAAAAUAGAGUGAGUUGGUGUGUAUCCAUAAUUAACUCACUCAUUAGUCACACAUUUGGCUGUAAAAUAGAGUGAGUUAAUUACUGUGACCAUAGAUGUCUGUAAUGUUAUCAAUUACCAGACAUUUUACAUGGCAAUCUUAUGUAUGAAUAGGAAAAAUCUAAUUUUUAAAUAGUUAAUUCAAUUUCUUUUCCUAAUUCACCUCUACUAGUUUAUGUUGAGCCUUUAAAUAGUUUCACUCAAGUUGAACACAAUAUACUUUUGACAUAAGUGUAAAACUGGGAUGCCUGACUUGAUAUUCGUCCCAAAUUUAAGUCAAGUGAUUUUGUAGUUUAACUUGGUGACUUGUUCACUUUACUUACAUGCUUAACUAAGCAACUUGGUGCGUAUCCUCAAAUUGAAUUCAAUUUAAGUUUUGGAGUAUAUGCAUUCAUCAACACGGUACUCAAUUCAAAUAUAUACACAUGUAGAGCAUGAAGUACAUAAUUUAUCUCAUUCACGUAUAUAUACAUGAAAAUUGAAACAACAUGAAAUAAAGGGAUGAACACUAUUUUUGUACUGGUUUGGUUACUUGCCCACAUAUGCCAUCAACAUCCCACACCAGAUUUAUGAUACACUAAACAUAAGGGGAGUUUUCACUAAAGUAGUGUAUGAAUAGCCAAGCCUUCUCCUGUAAAGGAACAACACUUAAAGUAGUGUAUGAAAGUUUACCAGAGGUAUAUAAAGUGUGCCUGCUCUCGUAAAAAACCCUAAAUGGGGUGCUGGGGGUACAUAUAGCCAAGCCUCCAACGACAAUAUUAAUAUUCUUAAGAAAUUUCAACAGGGUGGUUGACCACUAUGCUGCAAUGGUCGACCAAGUUGCAGUAUGGUCUUUUCCAGGUACUCUCCGGAUUUCUGGAUGGUUGACUACUUCACUGAGAUAGUCAACCAUGCUGUAAGUUUGGCAAAUUUCAGUCUCUGGAACUUUGCUGUGGUCAACCAGGCUCAAGCCAUGGUUGACGAAGCCAAUACAACCUGGACUUUUUCAAGUCCUCUUUAUGCCUUCCUGGUCCUUCCAUCUCCUGUGCUUUCUUCAUGCCUAUGAAGAUCUUCCAUAGCACUCACCCCCUUGUGUUGAUGAAGAUCUUUAGACUUCAAUUCAAGCUUUGUUCAUUGCUUUAUUCAUACCGGUGAGGUUCUUCCAUAGCUCUUUCACAUGUCGAUGAAUAUCUCUCAUGUCACUUCAAGCUUCCAAACAAACAUGGGUGCCUUCAAUUUGCUCUUUUCAUGAUGUGGCUUGGCUUCUACCUAAGGUUUGUAUAUAGAAAUCACAAAAUUGCUGACCUUUGCUAGCCUAGCACUAAUAUAAUACAACAAAUGUGUAUAUAGGUCAGGCCACAUUAGACUUCAUCCUACAUAACAUGCACACGUGCGCGCGCGCGCGUACACACACACAGUGCAUGCUUGGAUAGGGGGAAAUAAGAAUAGAUGCAGUGGUAGCACCAUGAAUGUACUCUUCCCCCAUUUUAUAAUUUUCCUUUUAGGUUUUAAUAUACGCAUACAUAUAUGUAUAUGUAUAAAUAGGAUUUGCAUGUGUUUGCAUGAAUGUCUAUGCUUUGGUUUGUGCUCAUAAGUCAUAACUUUCUCUCAAUUAUAUAUUUAAUAUAUCAUGUAUGGAUGCAGCCAUAUGUGCAAACCUAAUUGUAGUAGCUCCUUGUUGCUUAAAACCGUCAUUUAUCCAAUUUUUAUUAUCAGUAUGUUAUUUCUAUUUGUUUUUCUUGUAGUAGUUUGCAUAUAACCCCAUCUAACAGUAUUUUCUUGUUCUUGAAAAGAUAAAGAGGUAGUCAUGUUUGCAAGUGAUUUAUCAUUUACAACGUGGUAUAAAUUGUUCAAGAAAUGUUGACUGAUUGUCCAUAUCAUGAAACGUUUUCAAAUUUCAGACUUUUUGAAAAGAUCGGACAUGUUUGUAAGAGUAAGUACUGUCAAUGCUGGAUGUAGGCAUUGCACGUUAGUAGAAUUGUCCAUGCUGGGUAUAAAAUAUGCAUGAAGUCCACUGAUUUUGUAUUCGUAAUAGCGGGAAGAAUCUUAAUCAUGACAGAUAUGUAUUAGACGCUGUUCAGUUGGGGAAGAUGGACUGUAGACUUUUUGAUCUAGUGGGAUGUGUCUCUGGUAGUUAUUGCAGGGCAUGAUGAGCUUUGCAAACAAGCUACCGUACAGUGCAUUAUAAAGCUAGCUUGUUUGGGUAUCCAUAUUCCAGCGAGAUAGGUUAUAUUGUUGAUGUAGCUUGUUUGGUAUUAAGGCACUAUCUGUGGUGAGAUCAGAAGUACUUUUUUAGUUGUGUAUAGAGUUUUCAAUUCCAUUAUAUACUAUUAUCUCCCCUUCAGAUUCAUUUUAUUAUUAUUAUUUUUUUGUUUUUUCUCUGAUUUUUAAUUUCUUGUUUUUGUUGUCUAGAAAGUUUCAAAAGGUAUGACACUUUCACUUUAUCUAAUAAAAAAUGAGGGGUGAUAAAUAAGGAUAUGGAAUUCAAGAAAAUGUAUUGUUUAAGACUGACCUUUGUUUUUGUUUUUGUUGUUUUAUAUAUUUUAAUUUUGAUCAGUUACAAACAAAUUUUAUUAAGAAGGGGACAAAAGUACAAGUAGUACGAGGACAAGAAGUCCACUGAAGGAAAAAAAAAAAAAAAAAAAACAAAGGAUACCCCCCAAGGGGAGAUGAAACCGAUACCGAAAAAGUCAAAUGACGAACCCUAUCACGUAAGGCAUCAACAUCUUCAAAUUUGUCCAAAAAAAUCUUAUCAUUUCUGACCCCAAGGGGGUUGGCCUAGUGGAUGUAGCUUGGGGUUUGGGAGUGUGUUCCCUCUAGGUUUUAGGUUCAAUUCCCACUCGGUGCUAUCAACUCUUUGUGGCCACGUUUGUAGGCUUUACUCAAGAUUUGCUUGAUCCACGUGGCAUGGACGCUAUUGUGGGUCCUGGGAUUAGUUGAGGUGUGCGUAAGGUAGUCCGGACACCCAGCCGCAAGGUUUUGAAAAGCGGUUGCGGUCACCGUAACAGUGGCGGUGGCGAGGUUGCGGUUGCGGUUGUGGUUGCGGGGUGUAAAGGCCAUAGCGUAACAGUUGCGGUAACUGGAACCGUGGAUUUUUUUAUUUUUCACAAAACUUACCGAUACACAUUUUUUUCCAUAAUCAUAUUCAUUGGGUUUUAAAAUAAAUAUUGAUCAAUUUUUAUAAAUUUUUAAGUAUGAUCCAAUAUAUUUCAUAUUUUUAAAUCACUAUAAACUGAGUUUUUUAUAUUUUAUUUUAAUAAUUAAUGACUUCAUAUAUCAUAAAUCCAUAUUAUGCUUGUAACAAA